AUGGCUUUGGGAUCCUCAGGCAGAAAGCUGUCCUUCGAGAUUCUAAACGAUAGCAGUUUCCAUGAAGAAGAAGACCAAUGUCUUUUCAACCAUCGAUCAGAUCCAACGGAGAAACCCAAUCGAAAAAGGAAGAAACACAAGCGCAAACACAAGCCACUCGAUUCUAAAAUCCACGGAGAUUCAAUCACCGAUUCCAAUUCAGUUUUCGGCAAUUCGCAUCAUACAGAGAACGGACACAUCGAAAACUUGAUAUCGGAGAACAGGUUCAGUUAUACCGGAGGAGGAGGAGGAGGAGGAGGAGGGAGCGUGGUUUGUAGCACAGUGAGUGAAGGAGUGGCGGAGAUUCAGAGUUUGUAUUGGAACGGGGAGUUGAGGCAGAGGAAUGUCAAUUUUGUUGGAGCGGAGACUGUGGUGGAGGAAAAUGUCACGGAGGAGAGUGGAGUGGAGGUAAGCUCGACGGAGAAGCGACGGAGAAGUGAACCGCCGAAUGGUAGUGUUGUUACGAAGCUGGAGACAGCGGAAUCAUUGGAUUGGAAUAAACUCAUGGCCGACGAUCCUAAUUAUCACUUUUCGGUCGACAAGUCACCGGUGAAGUACUUUAUGGACGAAAUGAAUAAAGGAAAUUCGUUGAGGAGAACAGCAACUCUUGGGAGCGAGAAAGAAAGGGAGAGAGUAUAUGAUACCAUCUUUCGCUUGCCAUGGAGAUGUGAACUGCUUAUAGAUGUUGGCUUCUUUGUAUGCCUGGAUUCAUUUCUAUCAUUGUUAACUAUCAUGCCAACGAAGAUUGUGAUGAUCCUCUGGAGGUUUCUGAAUGCAAGGCAGUUCAAGAAGCCUUCUGCUGCAGAGCUUUCUGAUAUUGGCUGCUUUGUUGUGUUGGCUUCUGGUGUUUUACUUUUGGAACGAACAGAUAUCAGCUUAAUAUAUCACAUGAUUCGUGGCCAAGGAACAAUCAAACUGUAUGUGGUUUACAAUGUUUUGGAGAUAUUUGAUAAACUGUGUCAGAGCUUUGGUGGAGAUGUACUGCAGGCUCUAUUCAAUUCUUCAGAAGGCCUUGCAAGUUGUUCAUCAGAAAAUAUGAGAUUCUGGAUUUUGCGAUUUAUCUCUGAUCAAGCUUUAGCUACGGCUUUUUCAAAUAUCCUUGUUUUGGAUUUCGCAAUUACUUUAUCAACUUGUAUUGUUGCUCACAAUAAUGCUUUGCUGGCUUUGCUGGUAUCUAAUAACUUUGCUGAGAUAAAAAGCAAUGUCUUCAAACGUUUCAGUAAAGAUAACAUUCACAGUUUGGUGUACUCUGCUGAUUUAUUAAGUGCGAUGAUUGCAAUUUAUUGGCUUGAUAUGGAACUUGGUAGUUAUUGUCAGCAGACAAUGUACGAAAGGAAGUUUUCUAGACCUCUUAGUAUACUACCACACAAUUUUGUGCCAUUUUCUAGUUUACUCAUCUUUGAUUAUGCCUGUAUUCCCAGCAAGGUAAAAGCUGAUAUAUCCAUGUACAAGUUGUUUGAAGACAUGCAUCUUCAAUUAUAUUCCAUAGAGAGAUUCCACAUUUCAGCAUUCUUAUCAUUUGUUUUAGCUCAAAAUAUACUGGAGGCUGAGGGUCCUUGGUUUGAGAGUUUUCUUUUUAAUGCGCUCAUGGUUUGCAUCUGUGAAAUGUUAGUUGAUAUUAUAAAGCAUUCAUUCCUUGCCAAAUUCAAUGACAUAAAGCCUAUUGCAUACUCUGAAUUUCUUGAAGAGCUUUGCAACCAGCCAUGGAGUGGAAUGAAGUUGGAGAUCUCUAUGGAUAAUGUUGUUGGGUUUUGUAAAGAGAUAUGGAUCCGGAUGCAAAUUUUCCGGCUAAUGCUGAUCAUCAUAACCCCUAAAACUGAAGGAAUAAUAAGGGAUGAGUACAAAAUAGCACCUGAAGAUCAUGGCAAAAUGAAAUGUUAUCCGCGUGCUGACUCCAGUAUAUGCUGCUCUCCUUCCCCAGAGUCCCCUUCUGUGGAGGCUCUUCUGGAUCCUCCUCUUGUCUGCCUUGACCUAUGUUAUGCUCACAAGCCUAAAGGUGAUGGUUGGCAUGGGCCUCCAAAAGCAUGCCACUUGGUAGGUUGCAAACUUUAUGUAAAGAACACAAAUUGGCUUAGUACUCUUCUGCACAGCGAGUUCUUUGAUUCUUGUAGUCUCCAUGAAGAGCAUAGAAAGAACGAGAAAAACGUAUUUUGUAUCGAUUGCUGUGUUGGGUGUUGUCGACAUUGUAUGAAGUCUCAUUGUCUUCACAGACAGCUUCAGAUCUGCAAAUAUGUGUAUCAUGAUGUUGUUCGCCUUCAAGAGAUUCAAAAACAUCUAGAUUGCUCCAAAAUUCAGACUUAUAAGAUCAAUGGUGAAAAGGCUAUUCAUCUGAAACCACGGCCUCAGCCUAAAGAUGCAAGACCAUCCACGAAAGCAAAGUUUGGUGCUUCUUGUGAAGCAUGUACAAGAUAUCUACAAGAUGUUCCCAAUCGCUUCUGCUCCAUUGCAUGCAAGGUUUCAGUGGAGCUUAAAGAUCAAAGCCAUAAAAUCAUCUCCUUCUCAAUUCAGGAAUUUCAUGACCUUUCCUGGAAGGAAAGCUGCAAUACAGAAAGGCAUUCAAGUGAGAUCGAAUCAUCAAUUUCUUUGACUGAUAUGUCUGGGGAUACUCAAGGCUGGAUCAAUUCAGCUUUGAAACCAAGAAGACAAUUGCACAAGAGAAAAGGGGUCCCUCGUAGGGCUCCCCUCUGUUAG